AUGCUCCUUCCCAAAGGCGGCUUCAACUGGAAGGCAGCCAGAGCCCAACUACCUCCCUCGAGAGCCGUAUGGAGCUUCGUGACCAGGACCAGAUUCCUGCUCGGUGUUGCCCUCACAGGCGUGAUUCUGUUGUUAUGGCGUGGCAUCAGCACGGCAGGGUCGGAGAUGCAAAGUUUCUACUGCUGGGGCCCUGCGAAACCGCCUAUGGAGAUGUCUAUUAACGAGCAGGUUUCGUGGACCAAGCACCUACAGACACCCGUCCUGUUCAACCACCACGCGCCAAUAGAAGUCAACUCGUCCACCAUCGAGCAUGUCGACCUCAACCCGGUCAAGUCGACAAAACAGGCCCUCCAGAACAAUGAGAGAAUACUCAUCCUGACCCCCCUCAAGGACGCCGCCCCCUAUCUUUCCAAGUACUUCGAGCUGCUCGCCGAGCUCACGUACCCGCACCAUCUCAUCGACAUCGCCUUCCUGGUGGGAGACUCGACCGACGACACCAUGGCUGUCCUGGCCAUGGAGCUCGACAGGAUACAGAAGCGCCCCGACACCAUCCCCUUCAGGAGUGCCACGGUCGUCGAGAAGGAUUUUGGCUUCAAGCUCAGUCAGGAUGUCCAAGACCGCCACGGGUUCGAGGCUCAGGGUCCGCGCCGGAAGGCCAUGGGUAGGGCUCGCAACUACCUGCUCGCCACUGCCCUGAAGUCUGACCAUUCCUGGGUUUACUGGCGCGACGUCGACAUCGUGGACAGCCCAAAGAAGAUCAUCGAGGACUUUGUUGCCCACGAUCGAGACAUCAUAGUUCCCAACAUCUGGUUCCACCGGUAUGAAAAUGGACGCGACAUCGAGGGACGAUUCGACUACAACUCCUGGAUCGAGUCGCCCAAGGGCCGCAAGCUUUCUGCGAAACUGGACAAGGACGUAGUGCUUGCCGAAGGCUACAAGCAGUACGAUACCGGACGCACGUACAUGGCGCGGAUGGGCGACUGGCGAGAGAACAAGGACGCCGAGAUCGAGCUGGACGGCAUCGGUGGGGUCAACAUUCUUGUCAAAGCUGAUGUCCACAGAUCAGGUAUCAACUUCCCAUGCUACGCCUUCGAAAAUCAAGCAGAAACAGAAGGUUUCGCAAAGAUGGCCAAGCGCGCAGGAUACGGGGUCUGGGGUCUGCCCAACUAUGUGGUAUGGCACAUCGACACAGACGAGAAGGCCGGAAACGCAUAG